AUGGAAUGCACAAAGCUUGAGACCCAAAUUAACAGAAUUCGGACUACUCCUGAAUCAGGAAAAAAUACACAUCGCCAUUAUCGCAGAGAUGGUUAUGGUGGAGUGGCCAUUAUUGUACACUGGUCCAUUAAAGCUCAACAGCUGCCAUUCAACAUUGAAAAUUCAGGAAUAGAGUGUGUAUAUGUUAAAAUAUUUAAUUGCGGAGAUAUAGAAAAUAUUAUAUCUUUAUAUUGUCCACCUGCAGUUAAUACUUUGCCUCAAGACUGGAGCUCAAUAUUUUCAAAAUUUAGACAAGGAACAGUGUUAGCGGGAGACUUUAACGGUCAUCAUUGUAUGUGGUCUUGUAAAAGCGAUGCCAGAGGUGUACAAAUUUAUGAUUCAUUAUUAGAAUCUAGCUUUAUUUCCCUCAAUGACUGUCAGGACACUCGUUUUAAAAUGGUUAAUGGCUCAAUACAAAAGUCUUCUCCAGAUAUAUCUUUAGUUACAGAAGAUAUUGCAAUUAAAUUUAAUUGGAACAUCAUGAAUGAAAAUUUAGGCAGUGACCAUUUAAUGAUAAAAAUGAAAGUGGAAACUAACUCACGUUUUUAUAAUAUGGUCAGGAAAAGAAAUUUCAAAAAAGCUGAUUGGGCAAAGUAUAGCAUAUCUGUCGAAAGACAACUUAAUAGGUGUACACUCCCAAUAGAUAAUCAAGAGGCAUAUAAUUUUUUUAUCAACAUUAUUAACGCAGCUGCAGACGAAGCUAUUCCAUACAUUAAUAUCUGUAUGUGUCCAAUGAGUGCAUCUAAAUUUAUUCCUAAGCCUUACUGGUCACCAUAUAUCUCUCACGUUGUGGCGAAAAGACGAUUGGCUUUAGCAAAAUUUAGGAAAAAUCCGACUCCUACUAAUCUUACGGAUUUGCAGGAAAAAGUGGGGCUAUCACAACGUGAGAUUAAGCGGAGUAGAGGUAAAUCUUGGGAAAAAUUCUGUGAUGGUAUCGACAGUAAAAUUUCUUAUGGAGAAAUGUGGUCACGUAUGAAAUGGAUUAAAGGUUUCAGAACACCUAGAUCUGUUAUAGAUAGGAAUAUUGCUGAAUCCUUAUUAUGUGAACUAGCACCGGACUCUGUCGCUCCUAUUUCCCCAAUUUUUCAGUCUAGAAAUUCAAAAUUACUGACCCCCAUUUCAGUACAAGAACUAAACAAUUGUUACAAAAAAUCAGACACGGCUCCAGCGUACCGAGUUCGCGCGCGAUACUUCUUCGCCUACUUCGCACCGUCUUGCCUUGCCUUGUCGAGUUGCCGCUCUCUUGCGGAUGUGAAACUUUCGAAAGCGAACGAACUCCGCCAAGCGUUCAGAAUACGAUUAAUUAUGGCUAAUUCUUUUGAAUAUGCAAAAUAUGAUGAUGUUUUUACAUCUAUAUUAGAAAAUGAAAAAUCAAUUCUAGGUUUUCUGUCAGCGAUAUUUAAUUUUCUUGCUAGACGCACUGACUUUUACUAUGUUUCUACUAAUCCCCGUGACGAAAUGGGAUUUCCACCAGGAGUGGCGGAAGAACUUGUGCUUAAAGUGUUAAAAAAAUGCGAUCCCAAGAACUGGAGUGUUGGAAUGGAUAAAGAAACAGAUAUUAAUAAUGAAAUAAUGUGUUCUACUGUUGCUCAAGAAGUAGAAGUUGUUGCUGAAGAUGAAGAACCUUCCGACGGGAUUGUUGAUGAAGAAGUUUCAAAGAAUGAAGAGAUUCUAUCAGCAUCAAGUAAAAAAAAUGAUGGUACUAACGAAGAUGAUAAAUCAAUUUUUCCAGAAGACUAUGAACCACCAGUGAUAGUCACUCAAAAAAAUAGUGAAGCUUAUAAUGGUGCAGUGAGAGAUAAAUAUUCUUGGUCACAAACUAUUAUGGAUUUAGAUAUAACUAUUAAGUUGCCACCAGAUAUAAAAUCCUCUAAAGACUUAAAGGUUACUAUUAAUCCAGGGGAUAUAUGUGUAGUGCACCUCAAUGGAGAUGUUAUUAUUAAAGACUUGCUACCAUACAGGAUUAAAACAAUAGAUAGUUUUUGGAGCAUUAGUGAAGGCAAAUUAUUGAUUCAUUUAGAAAAAAUACAAGAGCGCUGGUGGCAUAAAUUACUCAAUGAAGAAGAAGAAAUUGAUCUUUCAAAAAUUGACUGCUCGAGGCCAUUAGAUGAAUUACCUGAAGAUAGUGUUGCCAAGGUAAGAGAAUUGCAGUGGAAUCAAGAACAAAAAUUAAAAGGACUUCCAACAAGUGAUGAAAUAAGAAAUGUACAAUUACUUAAAAAGGCCUGGAAUUCAGAAGGCUCUCCAUUUAAAGGCAAAGAAUUCAAUCCAAACAUUUUUCAAAAG